AUGGCGGUGGUAGAGGUGGUGGUGGUGGUGGCGGUGGUAGUAGUGGCGGAGGCGGUGGUGGCAGAGGUAGAGCAGUCAAUUUUGAGCUUUCUCUCUCAAAAUCGAUAUCCAUUGUUGCAGCACCACAACCGUUUGCGGUCAAAUCUGAGUUUUUUCACCACUGUGCGCAGGAAUUACCUAAGAUUCGAGGAAUACAAUGAGUCGCCCACAAAGGAAAGGGAGGAGUGUCAAACUAUCGGAAAUAACAUAUUUGAAUUCACCACCUAUUGUGGAGUCACUGUGAGAACUAGGAUUUCUAUCCUAAAACAGUGGAAUGAAGUGCCUCAACCUGAGAUUGAUGAGUUGUGGUUAAAUAUUAAGACUCACUGGAACAUACCAAAUGAUGAUUACAAAGCUCAGGUACUUAAAGUUUGCAAUAAACAAUGGAGGAGCUACAAGUCCAAGCUUGUCAAGUUCAUGGACAAACGCAUUGAUCCGUUAGAAAAAUAA